AUGCUAUAUGCCGAGGACGACAAACUCAUCUUCCGUUUCGACGACCACAUCCUCUGGAUUCAACCAUGGGGAGAACACGCCUUCCGUAUACGAGCAACCAGGCAAGCCUCAAUUCCAACUGAAGAUUGGGCCCUCUCCUCUAAGCCAUCCACUCCAAACCCAACAAUCAAAAUAUUCGACCAGGAAGCAAGCAUCUCCAAUGGCAAAAUCAAAGCAACCGUUUCCCGCCGCGGUAAGAUAAUAAUCUACGACUCGAACGGUAAAAAACUGCUAGAAGAAUAUGCCCGCCACCGACAAGACCCCAAGGACCCAAAAUGCAGCGCCUUGACAAUUGAAGCUCGCGAGCUGCGCCCAAUCCUAGGCGGCGACUACCACCUAACAAUGCGAUUCGAGUCUCUGGAUCAACAAGAGAAAAUCUUCGGCAUGGGCCAGUAUCAACAGCCCUACCUCAAUCUCAAAGGAUCAGAUCUCGAACUAGCCCACCGUAACUCCCAGGCCAGCGUCCCCUUUGCGGUUUCCUCUCUUGGCUACGGCUUUUUAUGGAAUAACCCCGGCAUCGGGCGGGCUGUUCUAGGAACGAAUGUUAUGAGCUUCGAGGCCUAUUCGACCAAGGCAUUGGACUACUGGGUUGUGGCGGGCGAUACCCCCGCUGAGAUUGAGGAGGCCUAUGCUAAGGUCACGGGCUAUGUACCUAUGAUGCCGGAAUACGGCCUUGGCUUCUGGCAAUGUAAGCUCCGCUACUGGAAUCAGGAACAGCUGCUUGACAUUGCGCGUGAGUAUCGGCGUCGCAAUGUGCCUUUGGAUCUGAUUGUUGUUGAUUUCUUCCAUUGGAAGCACCAGGGUGAAUGGAGCUUUGAUCCCGAGUUUUGGCCUGAUCCUGAUGCCAUGAUCAAAGAGCUCAAAGAGCUCAAAGUCGAACUAAUGGUCUCAAUCUGGCCAACCGUCGAAAACGCAUCCACGAACUUCCCCGAAAUGCUCGAAAAAGGUCUCUUAAUCCGCCACGACCGCGGCAUGCGCGUCGCAAUGCAAUGCGACGGCGACGUAACCCAUUUCGAUGCAACGAACCCCUCCGCCAGAGAAUUCGUCUGGGCACAAGCCAAAAAGAACUACUACGACAAAGGCAUCAAAGUGUUCUGGCUCGACGAAGCAGAACCGGAAUACUCGAUCUACGACUUCGACAUAUACCGCUACCAAGCCGGCAGCAAUCUCCAAAUCGGCAAUAUCUACCCGAAAGAAUACGCCCGCGGUUUCUAUGAGGGCAUGGCAGCAGAAGGGCAGAGCAACAUCGUCAACUUACUGCGCUGUGCUUGGGCCGGGAGCCAGAAGUACGGGGCGCUCGUUUGGAGCGGCGAUAUCGCGUCUUCGUGGAGCUCGUUCCGGAACCAGCUGGCGGCGGGCUUGAAUAUGGGCCUUGCGGGGAUUCCGUGGUGGACGACGGAUAUCGGCGGCUUCCAUGGUGGGAAUCCUGAUGAUCCUGCUUUUCGGGAGCUGUUUACCAGGUGGUUCCAGUGGGGUGCUUUCUGUCCCGUUAUGAGGCUUCAUGGUGAUCGCGAGCCGAAGCCUGAGGGCAUGCCUACGGCUAGCGGGGCGGAUAAUGAGAUUUGGUCCUAUGGCGAUAAGGUAUAUGAGGUUUGUAAGAGGUAUAUUGGGAUCAGGGAGGAGAUGAGAGAGUAUACACGUGGGUUGAUGCGUGAGGCUCAUGAGAAGGGGACGCCGGUCAUGAGGACUUUGUUCUAUGAGUUCCCUGGAGAUAAGAGGGCUUGGGACGUUGAGACGCAUUAUAUGUUUGGGGCCAAGUAUUUGGUGGUGCCUGUAUUGGAGCCAGGGCAGCGAAAGACCAUGGUCUAUCUGCCGGCUGGGGCAUCGUGGAGGCUGUGGGAUGGGACUCAGGUAUUUGACGGAGGUCGGGAUAUUGAGGUUGAGUGUCCGAUUGAGAGUAUGCCUGUCUUCAUCCGCCAGUAA